AUGGACAAUUUGACCACCCUCUUGUCGAGUUCAAUGACGACUAACAGUUUGGCUGCUACAACCGAAAAGCGGAUCUUCACAAUCGUUUCGGAGAGAAUGGAAAUGUCAGAUUCUCCACUUAAAAGGUUGACACUGUUUUCAAUCAUUCGUAUUUUCCAGAGUGUCAGCCCCAAUAAUACUAUUUUCGCUGUUCCGUCACUAAGCGAGGAUACGAUGAGCUCGCUAUCUGGAAGGAUUCGUCUUAUCGAUUCAUCAGAAGACAAUAAUGGAUCGGAAGAUCAAUUCGAAUUGGAUGAGGCGUCCGAACAGAAUGAUCGAUCGAAAAUUGAAGAAAGACCAUCGGAACGAAACAAGCUCUACAAACACACACAAUCCGUGAUGACCGCGACCAAACUCAAAGAGAUGGAGAUUCGUGGAACACUUGUCCGACCCCUCAACGCCAAGAAGUUGAUGGUUCUGAAAGAAGUCAAAGUUCAAGAAAUGUUUUCUUUAAAUACGGCGUCCCUUUUGUCAAUGAUUUUAUCGAAAUCGGACGGAGAGUUGAGAAGAGGAAUAUUGGUUGAAGGCAACCAUCGUGUUGCCACAAUCAUGAAAAACGAUUAUGAUCUAACCGGAUCAUUCGAUUUUCGAAUCCCGAUGUCAUUGUAUGAGAUUGAAGACAGAGUUUUCGAUGAGGCGUGGACACAUUGCCAAGAACUGAAAGUGUCUGACAACUCGCCGGACCGUUCUCGAGUGUCUCUGGAAAAGAUCCCAACUACAAUUCUCAAUAUAGCAAUGAUGGAGCACUGGAGUGGGGAACGCCGAAGAAAUGAGAAAAUCAGUCGAGAAGAUACAGUUGUCUUCAUGCUCCGUUAUCUGCAGAAGACUGUGAGCGACAAGGAAAUCAAGACGAUGCGGGACCACCCUCACCAGAGAAGUAAAUUUUGGAAAAGUCUCGAAAAACAAGGCUUGAUCAUGGCGUCGGGAAAUUUCUACUUGUCAAUGCAACCACUAUACUUUUUACUAAUGAUGCCUGCUACUCAAAAAGUUUGUCUCGAAAAAUUCGCGAAAGGAAAAUUCCUGAAGACUAACAGACUUUACGUCACGGCAUGUAACGCCAGUUUGAUUGACGAUCAUGCAGUUGCCAAUGCCAUCUCAGAAUAUCCACCAAUAACUGCGGAGACACUUCAUGAGCGGCUUCUAAAACUUACAAAAAAGGCUAUUGGAAGGAAAGACUCUGGAUUCAUUGUUCACGAGAGCAUUGAGCAGAUCGAUAAUGGAGCUCGUUGUUUCUUCUAUGAACGCGUACCGAUGGAGAAGGUUCAACUAAUGAUAUCCAAGUCUCUCCAAGUGUUGAUCGUGGAGCCUAUACCCGAUUCGCUUCAACUGUAUUGCAGAUGGAAUGAUAAACAAAUCGGAGUCGGAAUUACUCACAAAAGUGCUUACGGUGGGAAAAGAGGAAUGCUCUCAAAUAUGAUGAUGAUGGGACCGGGGUUCCUCGGUGUAGAUGGUGAAAAGCCGAAUGCAUCUACAAAAUUUGAAGACGUCUUUCGGACGCAUUUUUCGGGUGAGAAGGAGUUUUCAGUGCACGUCGUCACCGGAUUCUUCGAACUUGAUUCAUGCUCGAACUGA